CAGCUUGUGAUGUACGCCUGCGGGGAUGGUAAGAACGAGAGAUACUGUACACAUACUGUCUGCAUAGGAACGGGACGCUGCACGUCUACCAUGGCAAGACAGCUGAAGCUUGUCAGCCAAGGACGUAUAUUACAAAAGCAAAUUUUACAGUCAAACAUGCUCUGGUAACGUGGUUUCAAUUGACAUAGAGACCAGUCUCGUACACGCCCUCUAGAGCGUAAUGGGCAAAGGAGUCUGUGUCGCCUUGAAUACAAACGACUAUCGUCAGCAGCUCAAUAGAGCCAGCUACUCAGCUUGUACAAAUAACGACCCACGAAUAGGAUGGCCCUACUCAUUUGGUGUGAGAAGAUACUGCAAGUGCGAAAAUAAAUGGGAUGGUCCCGGAUGUACAGAGUGCGCUGAAGGAUACAUAAAGGACUCGAACAAUAACUGUGUUGUCCGGACAGGAUCCCAAAUGCUAAUCCGUAAAAACGCAUUGAACAUGAAUGACGAAGAAUGGACGACAUUUUGGAGAGUUGUCAACGAGUCCAAAGUUACAUACAGCGAUUACUUAGUGUAUAAAGGAAGUGCAACCACAACAACAGACGGGAAUCCUCGUCUUUCCGGUAACUUCACAUUUGUUGACAACGUGACCGUUUACAAUGUUUUCGUCUGGAUGCAUUAUUAUGCAACAAAAGGAAAUGUUGACAAUCAGCCAAAGCAAUGCGAUUUUGCACAUGAGCAGUCCGGGUUUCUUACUUGGCAUCGCGCCUGGCUACUUUUUGUUGAAAGAGAAUUGCGAAAAUUGAGUUCUACGCCGAACGAUUUUGCAAUUCCUUACUGGGACUGGACAGACCCGAGCUCAAUAGCUCCACUGUUUAAUAACAGUAAGCGAUCACGAAUGGGCAAGAGCUAUUUCUACGACGGUGUCGACAAUACGCCUAAAGUCAUAGAGUACACGGAUAAUGAAGCGGCCAAUUUUGAAUCAGACGAAUGGCAAACGGUCUGCGUCAGUGGUAGAAACGAAGGACCGAAUAUCGAGUCCGUGUGCGACCCAUCUACCCCGGAUAACGACUAUGUGAAACGAUGUCUUGGAUGUAUUGUGGGAGCUUUGGAUGACAGAGAGCUACCAACUGUGGACGAACAAGAAAAGAUGUUAAAGAGCGCGACCUCGUUUGAUGCACCGCCAUGGAACAAGGAGCCCAAUGGUGUCCAGAGCUUUCGAAACUCGUUGGAAGGCUGGGUUAAUAUAUCUACAAUCGAUCAACCAGGACAAUCAAAAUAUCACGAGUUUCACAACAGGGUUCAUAUUUACAUGGGUGGAAUUAUGGCUGACGUUUCGCCAGCUCCUAAUGAUCCAAUUUUCUUGCUCCAUCAUGCUAACAUCGACCGUCUCUUUGAAGUAUGGUUGAGAAAAGUAGACCGAGGAGACUACGUGCCGAAUAGUAAUCAAGCCAUUCAUCCGGGACAUGCCAAGAAUGAUUGGAUAAUACCAAUUGUUCCCUUUGUAACGCAUGGAGACAUAUACAAGACCGCACCGGUUCUUGGAUAUGAAUACGACAAUAUCGAGUUCCCAGAUGAACCCACUAUGGCUACUAAAGCUAGUGCAGCUACUGAAGCUACACAAGGGACUGGAGCAGCUGUACACAUGGCUGUUCCCGCUUUGACGCAAACAUUUAUGGUUGCUGCUGCUGUUCUUGUUGGCUUAAUGUGUCACUAUUUUGCUUGAAAUGUUGGACGACAGCUGUCUAAUGAAUACUAGAUUGCUGAAGCUGCUGGUUUAGCUUGUAGAGCAUCGCGGUUGGAAAUGCUAAUUUGCCGUAAUAGUCAUCCAUGCAGUACUUUGUUACUAGUCUAUCAGCAGUUUGUCCCUCUGAAUGUUGCUGUUUGCAAUUAUGCAAAUUUUUGAAUACAAAUCAUUGCAUC